GGAGGUGGGUGGGGGGGGGGGGGCGGGGGGGGCUGACUCCCUCUGAGUCUCUGAGAGGCUGUGGACUCGGCAGCCCGGACUCCCCCGGGCCUGGCCAGCAGUGAGGUUCAGGGGAGGUCCUCGCCAGGGGACAGAGGCCCUCAUUCAGUUUGGGGAGGGGGGGAUUGGUCCCAGGACCCCUGCUGACAUCACAGACGGGUGCAGAGGACCAGUCCGGAACCCUUUCCCGAGGACGGGUGGGCAGGGAGCCGGCAGGUGGGACCACCAGGACGGGACGGUGACUCCCAGCCCCUGCCGUCUGCCCCUGACAAGCUCCCAGCCUCAUGGCCCCCUAAGUGCAUCCCAACCACCGUGGGCCCCGACGUCCUGCCCUCACAAACAGGCCUUGGCGAGGGCCGUUCCUUCUGCUGGGAGUGGCCUCCUCAUCCCAGGUCUCAGAUGAAUGUCACAGUCACAGUGACACUCUCUCUGUUCCGUUAGACUUGGCCAAGCCACAGAUGGCUUGGCGAGCAGGGAUGGUUUGCCAAUUCAGCUUCCCGGACCCAGACUUUUUUGGCCUCCAUUCUGCCUCCCCUUUGUCCUCAUGGCCCAAGAUGGCGGCCCGAGCUCAAGCCCUCACAUCUCUGUCCCAGGCAUCAGGAGGAAGGAGAGGACAAAGAAGAAGCAGGUCACAGGGUGAUCACCCAACUGCCAUUUGGGGACCGUCCCCAGAGCUGUCACAUGACACACAACUACUGUCACGCAAGGGAUGCUGGGAAAUAUCUUCUCCCCUGAAAACUGGAGCACCUGGGCCAUCUGGCGUGCCUCAGAUGCCCCUCGGGAAUCUUCCAGCAUGUGUGGUGCGCGUCUCCUGCUCCACGGAAGCCGUGCCCAAGCCCCUGCCAAAGCCCCGUCGUGCAGCCCAGGGCAGGGGUCCUGUCUGGGUGAUGGAGAAGGAUCCCAGGGAGACCCACAGCCCAGGGAGGAGGGGGAACACGUGCCCCUCCCCCCUGCCCGGUGGGCACAGGUGAGCCGGCCCGGGGAACAUGACCACGGGAGACGGUUGACCCUGGACCGCGUCCCUCAGGAUCCCCACCAGCCCCGCCCGGAGCCAGGAGCCCCGAGGCAAGUGCCACGUGUGGCGUCCGAAGCGAAAUCUCUUGCUCCUCGAGAAGAAGGCUGGCAGAGCCCGCGUCUCCUCACCGCCCUCCUGGCUUCCCAAGGUCAGAACACGAGAGGCCCCAGUCCUCCUAGCUCCCAAGGUUUGGGGAGCAGGCUGGGGGGGGGACAGCCGCACGGGGGCCUCCGGCCGAGCGGCGCGGACUCACCCACCGGCAUCUGCACGCGGACGUCUGGCGGACAUGUCCGCCCAGCGUGUCCCCGUCACCUCCAAAGCCCCCGCGCCGUCCCGUUCACCACGCGUCACCACAUUCCCCCCGCGGCUCAGACGGGAGCCCCAGGACGAGCCGUAGGCCCCGCGGUCCCUCCCCCGAUAUCCGGCCGACGGGAAGAGGUGUCCGGUCACUCAGCCCGCGACAGCCCGCAGGUCCUUCCACCUUCACCGGAACCAGCUUCGCCUUCUGGGCCUGAGCAGAUGCCCCCAGGUCCCCACCCCACCCCGCCGCCCCGCCACCCAGCCUCGGUGGCCCGUCAGCGGACGGAGGCUGCAGGCUUUGGCUCCCGCCGAGGUUGGCUCCGAGCUCCCCCAGGGUCUGGCGCUGCUCCGGGGGAGGGUCCCUCCCGCCCGUCCCAGCUCCCAGGGACCCCAGUGGCCCUCGGCUUGAGGCGGCGUCCCUGAGUGUCACUCUGGUCUCACUUGGCCUCCUCUCUCCUUCUCUGCUGAGGACGUCUGCCCUUGGAUUUUGUUCCCACCUAAACUAGGAUGAUCUCAUCUCAUGAUCCUUAACUUAAUUACAUCUACAAAGACUCUUUCCAAGGAAGGUCAUAGUGACAGACUCAGAGUAGGCAUAUCUUUUGGGGGCCACCGUCCACUCCACUAGAGUGUGUCCCUUGUCCUUGCCAUCUUCCAGCAUCUCCGCACCUGCAAAAGCUUCACCUCACCU